AUGGGAGUGCAAAAGAAGACACGCAAGUUUGCACAGGUCAAGCGAGUCAUCGGCCAACGCGACGCGCGCCUCAAGAAGAACCAAGUCACCGGCGACGACAAGGCCAAAAAGCCCUCGGAAGAAGUAGUACGAGAAAUCCCGCAAGCACCAUCCUCCAUGUUCUUCCAGCACAACACCGCCCUCCAACCACCCUACUCCGUCCUCGUCGACACCAAUUUCCUCUCCCACACCGUGCACAACAAACUCGAAUUACUCCCCUCACUCAUGGAUUGCCUAUACGCCACCUGCCGCCCCAUAAUCACGUCGUGCGUAAUGGCCGAGCUGGAAAAACUGGGGCAGAAAUACCGCAUCGCGCUCAAGAUUGCCAGAGACGAGAGAUGGGAGAGACUGGAGUGCUCGCACAAGGGAACCUAUGCCGAUGACUGUAUCGUGGAUCGUGUGUUGAAGCACAGGAUCUAUCUUGUUGCGACAAACGAUCGCGACUUGAAGAGGCGGUUGAGAAAGAUUCCGGGUGUGCCGAUUAUCAACGUGGCAAAGGGCAAGUAUGUUAUCGAGAGGUUGCCCGAUGCGCCGGAGAAGUAA